AUGCUCCGCCGUCUCCUUCGCGUUCACGGCGUUCCGGCGCCGGCGGGCCUGGCGCGCUACACCUCUACCGACGCGUACUUGAACCGCCACAUCGGCCCCACACGUAAGGAGACCGCCGAGAUGCUGAAGACGGUCGGCAAGGAGAGUCUCGCGGACCUCAUGACCACCGUGCUGCCGAGCGACAUCCUUCGCACCCCGCUGAACAACUUCAAGUGUUUGAGUGAGACCGCGGCUCUGUCCUACCUGAAGAGCCUUGGCGCCCAAAACAAAGUUCUGAAGAGCAUGAUAGGCCAGGGCUACUACGAGUGCAUCGUCCCCAGCGCGAUCAUGCGGAACGUGCUGGAGAACCCAAUGUGGUACACCCCGUACACUCCGUUCCAGUCAGAAAUCGCACAGGGCCGGCUUGAGUCGCUCCUCAAUUUUCAGACAAUGGUGACGGACCUCACCAAGAUGGACAUCUCCAACGCGUCGCUGCUCGAUCAGGCGACGGCUGCGGGGGAGUGUUUGUACCUGGCCCUGAACCAGCACCGCCACAAGCGCAGGAAGUUUUUUGUGUCGAGGGACGUCUUUCUGUCAUCGAUUGAGAUGAUCCGCACGCGGGCGCACCCCUUGGGAGCACAGGUGAUCGUCGGUGAUGUGCAGUCCCUCGACCUUGACGACGCCGAGCUGAGUGGCAUUUUCGUGCAGACCCCCGACGCCAAGGGCGAGUUGCACGACUUCACCACCAUCUUUGCACGUGCCAAGGCGAAUGGCGUCGUCUGCUGUGCUGGCGUGGACCUGAUGGCGAGCUGCCUCGUCAAGCCGGCCGGCGAGAUGGGCGCGGACGUUGUGGUGGGCUGCGCGCAGCGCUUUGGCACCCCGCUGGGCUACGGCGGACCACACGCCGCGUUUAUGGCCACCACGGACAACUUGAAACGCCUGUCCCCGGGUCGCAUAGUUGGCAUCAGCAAGGACAACGCCGGCGAUCCGGCGAUUCGCGUGGCGCUGCAGACGCGUGAGCAACACAUAAAGCGCGAGCGGGCUACCUCGAACAUCUGCACGGCGCAGGCGUUGCUCGCGAACAUGAACGCCUUCUACGCGAUCUAUCACGGCCCGGAGGGGCUGAAGCAGCUCGCGAGGGAGAUUCACCAGAAGGCGAAGCUGUUCGCCGUCGGCAUGGAGUCGCUGGGGUUUUCCCCGGUGAACACUACCUACUUUGACACGCUCUCCUUCUCAAUGGAGGCUGCCCCCAUGACGGCGGCGGACUACGCCCAGCGGUGCGUCGAGAGGGGCAUCAACCUUUUUGUGGAUGGCUCGACGAACCAGGUGUCCGUCUCCCUGGACGAAGCCACGACGGAGCAGCACAUCGCCGCACUGCUGCAGGCUGCGGGCAUGCCAACGCCGAAGAUCGAGGCACUGACGCGCGUUGCCGACACCAUCUGCGUCAUCCCUGAAGCGCUUCUGCGGAAGUCCAAGUUCCUGCAAAGCACCGUCUUCAACAGCCACAAGAGCGAAACGGAGCUCAUGCGUUACGCUCAGCAUCUGCAGCGCAAGGACUAUGGGCUGACGCACGGCAUGAUCCCGCUUGGGUCGUGCACCAUGAAGCUGAACUCCGCCGCUGCGAUGCGGGCGCUGAGCUGGCCGGAGUACACCGCACUGCACCCCUAUGCUCCGGAGGAUCAGGCGCGCGGCUACCACACGUUGCUGGCGGACCUGAAGCAGAAGCUGUGCGACAUCACAGGUAUGGCUGCCUGCUCGAUACAGCCGAACAGCGGUGCCCAGGGCGAGUACGCCGGCCUGCGGAUCAUUCGUGCCUACCACGAAUCGCGCGGCGAGGCUCACCGCGAUGUCUGCUUCAUUCCGAUAAGCGCGCACGGCACCAACCCGGCGUCGGCGGUGCUGGCGGGGCUGAAAGUGGUUACAGUGAAAUGCCUCGACGACGGGAGUGUGGACAUGGUGGACCUGGAGACCAAGUGCGUGAAGCACGCCAGGGACCUGGCCUGCCUGAUGAUUACCUACCCUAGCACCUAUGGCUUGUAUGACCAGAACAUUCGAAAGAUCACGUCUAUGGUGCACGAGCACGGCGGUCAGUGCUACAUCGACGGCGCCAACCUGAACGCCCUAGUCGGGUACACCGGGCCUGGCUUCAUCGGCGGUGAUGUGUGCCACAUCAACAUGCACAAGACCUUCUCCAUCCCACACGGCGGCGGCGGGCCGGGUUUAGGACCGAUCACGGUGCGGCCGCACCUUGCCCCGUUCCUUCCGAACAGCACCUAUGGCCCGGCCGUAGGUGGGUCGCAGGCAUUUGGGCAGGUAUCCCAGGCGGGCAACGGCUCUGCCUCGAUUGCCACCAUCUCGUACGCCUUCAUGAUGAUGCUGGGGUCCCACGGGCUCAAGACGUGCACCGAGUACGCGGUACUGAAUGCCAACUACCUGAAAAAACGGCUUGAGGAGCACUACACCAUCUGCUUCCUCGACCACAGCCAGUUCUGCGCCCACGAGUUUAUUCUGGAUAUUCGCCCGUUUAAGAAAACAGCUCACAUCGACGCGGAGGAUGUGGCGAAGCGACUCAUAGACUAUGGCUUCCACGCGCCGACGCUGGCGUUCCCCGUGGAGGGCACGCUCAUGAUUGAGCCGACGGAGAGCGAGUCGAAGCGGGAGCUGGAUCGCCUCGCGGAUGCCCUCAUCUCCAUCCGGCGCGAGAUCGCGGCGGUGGAGCGUGGCGAUCAGCCAAAAGACAAUAACGUCCUCACUAACGCGCCACACACGGCCAAGUGCGUGACCGCGGACGAGUGGAACCGUCCGUACUCGCGGCAGCUCGCGGCCUACCCAACACGGCACCAGUACCGCGAAAAGUUCUGGCCAAGUGUUGGCCGGGUCGACAACACCUACGGAGAUCGCAACUUGAUGUGCUCGUGUGCCCCAUUGGAGUUCUACUAG